UCCAUGAAAUUUUCAAAAUGGGUGUCUUUAGUUUGUGUUGAUAAAAUGUUGGUAUUGGUGGAAAAAAGAACAGCUCCCUUCCUCUUUACUACUCUCUCGUGCUUGAUAUAAUAAUUAGUUUAAUCAUAGUAGUUCUUGACUAUUAUUCAUUAGUGUCACUUUGCACACUGAACUCUACCUCACUUUUGUUUAUCAAAAUUUCAUAGCUUCUUCUCUCUCUCUCUCUCUCUGAUAACACUUCCACAAGCUUAAGCUGGAAGGAAGGAGAAUUGGAAAAUGAGAGUCCUGGUUUGGCUAUUCUCUAUGAUUUUUGCAGCCACCAUUUGGAGCUCCGGCUCUUUUGCUCUCACACAAGAUGGUCUAACAUUGUUGGAGAUCAAAAGCACAUUGAAUGACAGUAAAAACUUUCUCGGAAACUGGUUAGCUACUGACGAGUCACCCUGCAGUUGGACUGGCAUUUCUUGUUAUCCUAAUGAUCAAAGAGUUCAUUCAAUAAACCUACCGUACAUGCAAUUAGGAGGGACAAUAUCUCCCAGCAUUGGCAAACUCAAUGGAUUGCAAAGACUGGCACUGCACCAGAACAGUUUACAUGGACUAAUUCCUAAUGAACUUACCAAUUGUACUCAGUUGAGAGCCCUUUACUUGAGAGCUAAUUAUCUACAAGGAGGUAUACCAUCAAAUAUUGGAAACCUUUCUUUUCUCACUAUAUUGGAUUUAUCAAGCAAUUCUCUAAAGGGUGCUAUACCUUCAUCUAUAGGCCGUCUUACAAGACUGCGUUCUCUCAAUUUGUCCACUAACUUUUUCUCUGGUGAAAUCCCUGAUAUUGGAGUUCUGAGCACUUUUGGGAACAAGUCGUUUAUUGGCAAUUUGGAUCUAUGUGGCCGACAAGUUUACAAGCCUUGUCGGACCUCGCUGGGAUUCCCAGCAGUCCUACCUCAUGCUGAAAGUGAUGAAGUAUCAGUCCCAACGAAGCAAUCGUCUCAUUACAUAAAAGGUGUGCUGAUUGGUGCAAUGUCCACAAUGGCCCUUGUGCUUGUUGUGCUCCUUGCAUUCCUCUGGAUAUGCCUGCUAUCAAAGAAGGAAAGGGCUGCUAAGAGAUACACAGAAGUUAAAAAGCAAGUCCACCAAGAUACCAGUAAGUUGGUCUAUUUAUCAAAAUUUAUCAUUUGUAUGAAAUCCCCUGCCCUUCCCAACCUCUGCCCCUUACCUGACCAACCAAUCCUUCUCUGUGUCAAAUACUUUUCUCCUAACUGUUUUAUUUUUGUAGGCACCAAACUUAUCACUUUUCAUGGGGAUUUGCCAUAUCCAUCAUGUGAGAUUAUAGAAAAGUUGGAGUCCCUUGAUGAAGAGGAUGUCGUGGGGUCAGGGGGAUUUGGAACUGUAUAUCGAAUGGUCAUGAAUGACUGUGGAACAUUUGCUGUUAAAAGAAUAGACAGGAGUCGUGAAGGAUCUGAUCAAGUCUUUGAGAGAGAGCUAGAGAUCUUGGGCAGCAUCAAGCACAUUAAUUUAGUAAACCUGCGAGGUUACUGCAGGCUCCCAGCAUCAAAGCUUCUUAUCUAUGAUUUUCUUGCUAUGGGCAGCUUGGAUGAAUUUCUGCAUGAACACAAGGAAGAAAGGCCAUUGAACUGGAGUUCUCGUUUAAAAAUAGCCCUUGGUUCUGCCUGUGGACUAGCAUACUUGCACCAUGACUGUUCUCCAAAGAUAGUUCAUCGAGACAUAAAAUCCAGCAAUAUUCUUCUUGAUGAAAAUUUGAAGCCCCAUGUAUCUGACUUUGGUCUUGCCAAACUUUUGGUGGAUGAGGAUGCCCAUGUCACUACUGUGGUUGCUGGCACAUUUGGCUAUUUGGCUCCAGAAUAUCUGCAAAGUGGGAGAGCCACAGAAAAGUCGGAUGUCUAUAGCUUUGGAGUUCUCUUGCUGGAGCUCGUAACUGGAAAAAGGCCAACUGAUCCAACUUUUGUAAAGAAGGGCUUGAAUGUUGUUGGCUGGAUGAAUUCACUAUUGAGAGAGAAGCGAUCGGAAGAUGCAGUUGAUAAAAGUUGUACUGAUGCUGACAUGGAAAAUGUAGAAGCAAUUCUUGAAAUAGCAGCAAAGUGUACUGAUGCAAAUCCAGAUGAACGACCAACAAUGAGCCAGGUACUUCAGUUGCUGGAACACGAGGUGAUGUCACCUUGCCCGAGUGAUUUCUACGAGUCUCAUUCAGAUUAUUGUUAAACGGACAUAAGACAAUAUUGAUUAACAUCGCUAUUGCGCAUAAGAUCUGGUGCAUGCCUGGUUACCCGUCAAAUUUUCCCUGGUGUUUUUUUUGCAAUUUUGUCCCACUCUAUGGAGCCUGUAUAUUAUUGUCUAGCAAUUGAUGGACGUGCAUUUUGUCUUGCACCUUUUCAACUUGAAUGGUUUUCCUGUAUCUCUUUUAUAGUAUAACGUAAUUCACUGGCUUAUGAACCCCGUCACUUGUGCUGUGAAAUUGACUUGAAAUGCAUUGCUGAAAACAAGAUUGCUUGAGACAUGGGUGCAAAAGAAGCUUUAUGAGGAUUUGCAGCCAUGGUAGCAUAUUUUCUUUUAAUCUACAAAUCCAUCUUUGGUGGGAAGUGAACUUUUUUUUUUUCUCUCUCAAACCUCAGUCAUAUUUACAACCAGUUGCUUUAAUCAAAGUAAUACAACUUCCAGAA